AUGCAAAUUUUUUUUGAUACUCUAUCGCCAGAGGUAAGUCAACAGCAAGACUGCGAGCAUUUUUGAGAGGGUGGGGUAGGGUAAAAUAAAAAGUACUUUUACUUUUUAACUUUUAGUUAUGGUCUAUUGUCAUAGGACAUGUCAAAUCAAUGGAGGAUGUUUGUUCGUUGGCUAUGGUAAGCAAAUACUUUUACAAGCAGGUCGACAAGGAUUUUAAACGACUAUGUUAUAAUCAUGUUGUGUACCGACUCAAAGGCGAAACAUGGGCAUACGCUUUCUUGAAGUAAGUCUACGUUGGGUAGGGUAGAGUUGAAUAGGAUGGGGUAGUAUAGAGUAGAGUAAAAGGGCCGAAAAAUUAAGCUCUGCCCUUUUACAAGCCAUGCCCUACUCUAAUUCCCAGGGUUGAAAAAGUCAGUCUAUAACAACUUCCAAUGACACUUGAUACUUUCAGCUUCGGAGCUCGUGCGUACAAUUCUGUAUGUAAUAAUAAAAAUGUUUACGAUGACAACGCCCUUUGUUGUCCGUUUACAGGAAAAAUUGCAAUAUAUUUGAGGCGUGGCUACGUUUUGAUGACGAAUAUUGACUUUGGUCUUAACGAAUUUACCAUUCUCGACUUUACUUCAUACACAACCCAUAUCAUGUUCGUAAGCAUAGUCAAUAAAGGCGAAGAACUUUUGGUUCGUGCUCGAUAUAUUGUAGUAGUAUACAAUCUGCAUGCGAGCAAAGUGACACAUGUGUUGACUGGAGAAAGAAGUCUCGAGUUUUAUAUGCUACAAGCUGGUGGUAUUGUCGAUUAUUACACCAAAAAAGAGUUUCGAAUUAACGCGGCGAUUUCGUUUUUCGAAAUUCACUAUAUCAACAGGUAUGACAAGGUUAAAUACAUUGUAGUACGUACAACAAACGAUCAACUUGUUGUAAUUGACAAUGUGACAGACGAAAGGCAGGUAAUCUGCAGAUGGAGAGACAAAAUGAAUGUUUAUGUUAUCAACGAAAACGACUCUGUCGUGAUCUUGGGCUCCAGGGGUAAGUUGGCUAGAUUUAUAGUUUACGUGUCCCUUUUAGCUAUAGCUCCAUACCUAGUUUUAGCUCUAGCCUUAGCCCUCAGCUUAGCCCUAUCUCUACCUUUCGCUGUAGUCUUAGCUCAAGCUCUACCAUAGCUCUAGCUCUCAACAACUAGUUAUAUACCCUUACCCAAUAUCAUUCACAAUAACGAAUAUUCAACUUAAGCUCAUAAUCAAGGAUGUCAAGUGUACUGUCUUAGAAGGAGAAGAUUUGUGUUUGAUCAAGUCAAUGAUGACCAGUGGUUUCUAUUCAAUUCCACCACGCUUUUUAAGCCAGCGGAUAUGACGGUAAGGACAUUAAGAUUUAAUGAUUCUACGGUUGUCGUAACAAAUUAGGAACACAGAGCGAGGGGAGGGUAGAAUCUUAUAAAAAAAUGUAAUACAGCUUGUAACAAGCCUUACAGUAUCUUUACAUUUUAGUUUUUGGUCUACAACAAACAGAUAAGCAAUUGGAAAGAAAUAAGACCCAACCCAGCCCUUCGACUGGAACGGAGAUGUGAAUGUUAUUUGACUGUAAACUUUGUGCCAUUACCUGCUUACCAAAUCAUGGAAUCGUUUCAGGAUGAUGUCGCUAAGCGUGUUUUUUUGCGGUUUAGACCAGGCAAGUUUAGUAAAGUCUUGAGGACAGGGUAUGGCAGGAUAAGGUAGAGUAGGGUAGAAUAGGGUGGGGUAGAGUAGGGUGGGAUAGGGUAAGAUAGGGUAGGGUAGAGUAAGGUAGGGUAGGGUAGGGUAGGGUAGGGUAGGGUAGGGUAGGGUAGGGUAGGGUAGGGUAGGGUAGGGUAGGGUAGGGUAGGGUAGGGUAGGGUAGGGUAGGGUAUGGUAGGGUAGGGUAGGGUGGGGUAGGGUAGGACAGGGUAGCGUAGGGUAGUGUCCGACUGACAAAAAAAAACGCAUAAUGAAAGCGAUGAUAGUUUAUUAAUGACUAUAAAUCCUGUUUUAGAUGGAGUCGAAGUAAAAACUUUUAAUGCCGAAGUAGAGUUUAUACCCGAAAAACAUAACAAUUACCAAUUCAUACAGAAAGACAAUCACCACAUUGCGCAGUUGAUAAAACCGCAGUAUACAAUGAAUAAAGAAGAAAUGAUUAAUGUGAUAGCUUGGUUCAAUCAGCAGUACAAUUUAAAUCCAAGUGUUCCAUUACUAGAUGCCGAAACUGGAGCCGUCAAACACCGGUCCGACUUUUUUUCGGAGCAAAUAGACUUGUGGGUCGAAUAUUUUUAA